AUCUUCCUGGAUAACACAAUGCCAGCUGAGCGGAAGAAGUCGGCGAGCAUGGAAGAAAAAGAGACACCCUUAAGUAACAAAGAGAAGGAGUUUGGGGAGAGGCGGUCAGUGAGCAGCCGGGACAGGCCCAAAGAGGAUGUCAGGCUGGGCAUGAAGAGGGAGAUGCUCAAGCCAUCCGAAGAUAAGAAGAAGAAAAUGGAGGAGGAGAAGAGGAAAAAGGACGAGAAGGAGUGGAAGAAGAAAGAGGACGAGAAGAUAAAAUCGGAGGAGGAGCAAAAGAGGAAGGAGGAGGAGGAGAAACAAAAGCUUGAAGAGGAGGAGAAGAAGAAGCAAGAGGAAGAGAUGAAGCUGCAGCAGGAGGAAGCGGCUGCCAAGUUGAAAGAGAAAGAAGAGGCCCACCAGCUGCACCAGGAGGCUUGGGAGCGCCACCAAGCCCGGAAGGAGCUUCGAAGCAAGAACCAGAACGCCUCGGAAAGCCGCCCGGAGGAGAACUUCUUCAGCAGGCUGGAUUCCAGCCUGAAGAAGAACACGGCCUUCGUGAAGAAGCUGAAGACCAUCACCGAGCAGCAGAGGGACUCCUUGUCCCAUGACUUCAACGGCCUCAACUUGAGCAAGUACAUCGCCGAGGCCGUGGCCUCCAUCGUGGAGGCCAAGCUGAAGAUCUCCGAUGUCAACUGCGCCGUGCACCUCUGCUCCCUCUUCCACCAGCGCUACGCCGACUUCGCCCCCUCGCUGCUCCAGGUCUGGAAGAAGCACUUCGAAGCCAGGAAAGAGGAGAAAACGCCCAACAUCACCAAGCUGAGGACCGACCUGCGCUUCAUCGCCGAGCUGACCAUCGUCGGGAUCUUCACCGACAAGGAGGGCCUCUCCCUCAUCUACGAGCAGCUGAAGAGCAUCAUCAACGCCGACCGGGAGACCCACACCCACGUCUCCGUGGUCAUCAGCUUCUGCCGGCACUGCGGGGACGACAUCGCGGGCUUGGUGCCCAGGAAGGUGAAAAGCGCGGCGGAUAAGUUCAGCCUGAGCUUCCCCCCCAGCGAGAUCAUCAGCGCGGAGAAGCAGCAGCCUUUCCAAAACCUGCUGAAGGAAUAUUUCACCUCGCUGACCAAGCACUUGAAAAGGGACCACAGGGAACUGCAAAACAUUGAAAGGCAGAACAGACAUCGAAUUCUUUUUGAAACAGAGCUAAAAGAAACUAAGGAAAACAAAGAUAUAUCCGUCACGGAAGAUCUAGAACUGGAACUAGAAAACUUGGAUAUUAACGAUGAGACCCUUGAUCUAGAUUGCGGGGAGGAAGCAGAAGACCUCACAAAAAAACUUCUUGACGAACAAGGCAAGAAACAGGGAGCAGAUAGCACCGGAGCUGAAAAUAGUGACGGAAAGCAAGCUGCAAGAAGUGCUGAGACAAAUGCGCAAACUGCCUUGGCAUGACCACGAAGUGAAAGAUUACGUGAUAUGCUGCAUGAUCAACAUUUGGAAUGUGAAAUAUAACAGCAUUCACUGUGUAGCCAAUCUCCUGGCAGGACUGGUCCUUUACCAAGAGGAUGUUGGCAUUCACGUGGUGGACGGAGUUCUAGAGGAUAUUCGAUUAGGGAUGGAGGUUAAUCAGCCCAAAUUUAACCAGAGGAGGAUCAGCAGUGCUAAGUUCCUCGGCGAGCUGUACAACUACAGAAUGGUCGAAUCGGCGGUAAUCUUUCGGACUCUGUACUCAUUCACGUUGUUUGGGGUGAACUCCGAUGGCACGCCGAGUCUCCUGGACCCUCCUGAACAUCUUUUUCGAAUUAGACUGGUCUGCACCAUCCUGGACACCUGCGGGCAGUACUUCGAUAGGGGAUCCAGCAAGAGAAAGCUGGACUGCUUCUUGGUCUACUUUCAGAGGUAUGUUUGGUGGAAGAAAAGCCUGGAUGUAUGGACAAAAGAUCACCCCUUCCCUAUAGACAUUGACUAUAUGAUCAGCGAUACGUUAGAACUCCUGAGACCGAAAAUAAAACUUUGCAAUUCUCUGGAAGAAUCCAUGAGGCAGGUACAAGAACUGGAACGGGAAUUCUUAAUCAAACUAGGUCUUAUGAAUGACAAAGAUUCUAAGGAUUCUAUGACUGAAGGAGAGAACCUGGAGGAGGAUGAGGACGAAGAGGAAGGUGGAGUAGAGAUUGAAGAACAAUCUGGAAAUGAAAGCGAAAUAAACGAGCCAGAGGAGGAGGAGGGCUCGGAGAAUGAUGACGACGAAGGAGAAGAGGAAGAGGAAGAAAAUACAGAUUAUCUUACUGAUUCUAAUAAGGAGAACGAAACGGACGAAGAGAACACGGAAGUAAUGAUUAAAGGAGGUGGACUGAAACGGGUCCCCUGCGCCGAAGAUGAAGAUUUUAUUCAGGCAUUGGAUAAAAUGAUGCUGGAAAAUUUACAGCAAAGGAGCGGAGAGUCGGUGAAAGUGCACCAGUUGGACGUGGCCAUCCCUCUGCACCUCAAGAGCCAGCUGAAGAAAGGACCUCCCCUGGGGGGUGGGGAGGGGGAGUCUGAAUCCGGAGACACCAUGCCUUUCGUCAUGCUGACCCGGAAAGGGAACAAGCAGCAG